UCCUGUCUGUAGUAUAUUCUUUCCGUUUCUCAGCUCAUGUCCCAUGCUUUUGUUUGAUUUUGUCUGUGUGUUUACUUGUAAUUUGUUUAACAUGGAAUGGUUAUGUAGAAUUUCUUGAAAAUUAAUCAUUCCAUUUAUACAACCUUCCAGUGAUUGGCAUUGAAAUGUAAUGGUUCCACACAGUUCUGCCACAGGUUCUGCUGUCUCCAGCCAUCACAGGCCACAGCAAAGCUUGACCGCCGAGACUCGCGCAGCUCAGUCGCAUGCAGCAUGAGCUUGGUGUUGUUGCCACAGCAACCACUGAAGAGAAAUCCGUGCAGGUCCUGAUGCUACGGAGCUCGCGCUACCGCAUUGAGGGGGAUGUAGCAGUCGGACACGGGCAGAUGGGACCUCAAUAUCGACAGUGACUCACCGACAACGCGCGACACUAGAUAACGAGGGAGGGAGAAAUGUGAUGGCGAUAAGCCUCGGGUACCUUGGACCUUGACGGGAAGACAUUGUCACACGGUGUGCCAGGUUGUCCUACACUUGCGGAUCAAGGAGGAGGGACCAUGUUGCUGUACCAAGGUCCUGGGAAUACCUAUACUGGGAAUACCACUGCCCCUCUCUAGCUGGAUCAUCUGACACCAACUCCCCCAAGAUUUCCUGACGGAUAUAAUCCAAUUCAUCCUUCCAUAUUUUGGAUAUUCGAAGCAAUAGUGGCAUUGGCACAUGUAAACAUGGUUCCCGCCUUCUAUACACUUGUGUAUUUUAUUCUGUUUACACAUUUUACACAUAACAGGGAUUUUCAAAACCGGAAUGUUCUCUCAUUAAAUUGUUCAAAUGUUUCUGUCAUUGGAAAUUCAUCUGGAGAGGAACAUCUCUGAUCCGAGAAAUCGUACAAAUCUUGGGACAAAACUUUACUGGAGAGACCGCAGCUGUUGUUGAAAGUGCAGGGUGUCUCUAGAACACGGCACUGCUGCAUUAGUGCCUACAUUUCUGGCUAGCUGGGCAUCCCUCCCUCCCUUCUCUCUCUCUCUCUUACAAUGAGCCAGAAGUUGGAGAAGUUGACCUUGGAGACGGACCAGCCUCUGGUCUACACCGUGGAGGAGCUGGAGUGUAAGAUUUGCUACAACCGUUAUGACACGCGUACUCGCAAGCCCAAGGUGUUGGGCUGCCUCCACCGCGUCUGCGCCAAAUGCCUGAAGAAGAUCGUGGAGAACUCGUCCCCCAGCAUCGUCAGCUGCCCCUUCUGCCGCCACGAGACGCAAGUGUCCGACGAUGACAUCUGGCUGCUGCAGGACGACAGCAACAUCCUGGCCAUCCUCACCUACCAGGACCGUGCCAGGAAGAGUGGCGGUUCCAUCACCCCGAGUGGGGAGGUGCUGCUCACUCCGGGCAGCCUGAGCGGGAGUGGAGGUGGAGAGGGUGGCUGUGGUGGUUCUGGGGGCGGCUGCGUCACAACCGGUGAGCAGUCACACAGCUCCUCCGACUGCCUGGUCAUUACCAUCAUGGAGGUGCCGGGCGAGUCGCAGUCCUCAGACUCCAUGAGCAUGCUCAAUAUGGUGCGCCUGUACCGGCCCGCCAGCCUGGCCUCGCUGCCCUGCCACCUGCCUGCGCAGAAGUGCGGCGCAUGGACCUCUCGCACCUUCCCCAGCUUCCUUAUCGGCGUCCUGUGUCUAGUCUACUUCUCAUCACUGCCACUGGGCAUCUAUCUUCUGAUGAUCCAGCAGCUCACCCUGGGAAUCAUCCUGGUCAGCCUGGUGCCCUCCACCCUGGUUCUGUGUGUCUUCUACGGCUUCUGUCAAUGCCUGUGCCAUGAGAUAAUGCAGUCCAUAGCGACAUAGCCACGCCUCCGCUUAACUCCCCUCCCCCAUUAUAAUACCAAUGUAUUUCUAUCAGUGGAUGUGACAUAGCAAGACCUGUAAAAGACAAAGCCAAAUCACCAAUGCAAAUCUAUACACCCUGUCCUUUUGUAAAAUACCCCCCCACCCCUUCCUUUUACCUUCUUCAGAUAAUACCAGCACUAAAACAUCCGAGUGACCACUUGGAUUUGGAUGUAUGGCUUGACUAUUCAAGACAACCUGUGAAAGGCCAACGGCCUGAUGAAUGGUUUUCUAAUUACACAGCUCAACCUGCAUCAGAUUGCUGCCGUUUGUGUUCAUGCAGCUCACCGGAAUGGGCUUCAGUUAUUACUGUGACGAUCACCAAACUGUAUUGUUCAAAAAUAAUAUGAUCCUCUCAGUGUUAACCGUACUGUGGUAGAAUACCCAUCUGCUCGACCUAUGGGCAACGGACUAUGAAAACCCAUAGUUUUAAGGAUGUAUUCAGACACUCAGCAUAGUCACCAUGUAUACGCCAUGUUCCUAGUUGCCUUUUAAAGGCAUGUCUGUUUGUGCCCCUGCAGUAACUUAAUGUUGUAAAACCUGUCUGUGUCAUUGCAUUGGGAACGGACAUACCGCCUAAACUGUUACUAGAUAUUUCAAUAAAAGAC